AUGAUCGUAGCCUCGCCGCCCUCUAACACCAGCAGCGGUGACGACUACGCGCAGCGCAGCUUCGCGCCGUGCGUCUCGACAGCGAGCGACAUGAUGCGGACCAACGCGCUGGCUGACCGUAACACGAUCGUGGACAUGGGGCUGCGUCUCGGGCGCUUCGUGCUGUGCGUGACGCUGGCUCUCGUCUUUGCCUUUGGGUUCGCGCUGCUCACGAGCAACAAGAAGACGCUCACGUACGUGCACGAGCACAAGGUGCCAAGCAAUGAGACGCUGUCUGCUCAGGCCGCACUCGUCGUGGAGAACUACAACACGCUCUUUGGUUACCUCCUCUUUGCAGGCGGCAAGAUCUUUGAAGUCUUCUGUGAGACGCUCAUCUUCCCGACUCUGGCCACGUAUUUGCACAACUGCUGUCUGUAUCCAGGGGACCAACCGGCGCGGAUGCACUCGGUCACUAAAGCGCGCUGCAUCUUUUGGGGGCUCAAGACGGUCAUUAUCCUCAUGAACGUCGGCUUCACGAGUGUCUACGUUGGUCAAACUACACUGGACUCCGCUCCCUCUUCGCGACGUUUGGACGAGCUGGCUGGACUGUCGAUGCAGACGGACCCUUCGUUCGCUGUCGUCGCCAACGCGGACUUGCCACUCUCCAUUUCGCGGACAUCAGGUGCAGGUGUUACGGUGCCUUUUGUUUAUGAGGACACAUGCCGACAAGCAGGGCAAAGCAGUGAGAGCGCAUCACUGCAAUGGGAGACGUGGGCUGACGACGUAGACACGACGUCGGUAAGCUUCAGCUUUCCGUCGCACGCGUGGAAUGCGGCGUUGCUUUCAUCGGAUACAUUGGUACCGACCAAGACUACCGAAAUUUUGAUGCGAGACUAUUUGGCUAACGAAGAAAAGUAUGACAUCACUGAUGGCUGGGGUACUGCAGAAUUAUACUCGAUCUUUCAGCAAAGUCUGCAGAAGCUGGGCCUGCUGGGUGGUAUGGUUGAUGCACCAAUGCCUCGGUCGCUCGGAGAAUUAGUUCGCGUGAUUUCGGAUGAAUUGACGAAGCUUUUGCCUGCCAGAGCUCAGCUGGGCGAUCUCAUUUUGCGUCUGGAGUACCGCAAGAUAGCUGGAGAUGUAGAGCUUACCACUUUAUUGCUGUCCGUUCCAUUGGAAGCCGAUCGAAAUGGAGAAGUUCUAUGUGGCGCUUCUGGAUGUGUCUUUGUUACAUCAAGCAGCGUUCUGGAGGAGCUUCGGCUGCAACCUCGCGUGUCGAUCGCGUCGUACAAGGACGACAUAGACUCCGCGCUUAUCUGCGGCACUUCAAACCAAUAUGUGCUGGAUUCGGAGAGUGCAAAACAUACACCACGUGAAGUGCUCACGUUUUCACUGAGUAAGCUAGCAUGGAAGUUGAGUCCUCUUCAUAUCCAAGACAACGCAGCGUGUGCACGUGAUGACGAGUAUAUGUGCCUUGGUCUAAGUGUGCCAUUCGCAACAGGUGACAAUGUGCUGCUCGUGGGGAAGGAAAUGCUGUCCAUGCAGCAUGCGGUGCGCUUGCAUCCUUUGGUGACACUGCACCCAGCCGUGAUUCCGGAUAUAAGGCGCCAUGAUAUAUUGACGUCGUGGUAUCGUCUUGUGUCACCUGAUGGCAUUCUGGUGCGUCCAAGCACGUCUGAAUGCACUUCGGUUGUGGAUGCAUACCUGGUUCAUCGUGAGCGCAAUCACUUCAAUAUUGACGGUCGACAAACGCAAGACAUGUUCGCCGCAGCACUCUUUUAUUUGCUGCAGCGCGGAGUUCCGAUGUCAUACGCAGACGUCAUGUCGCGGAGGCGUCUCGCGUCAUCCGUCACGAUGACGUCCAAUAGCUCAGCGUUUGGCAACAGCAUUACCACUGCUGCUACGACUGACAUUGAAAUCAAUGUCCCCACUGCGACGGCGAUGGUAACAUUUGCUGGCUGUAUUUUCAUCGUUCUGCUGAUGAUGUCUGUGAUUUACCUGCCGACGCCUCGAGUAAAGCUGUCACCGGACACGACUCCAGCCGCCCAGUACGUGCAGAUCCUGACUGACGACCCAUAUCCCGACAUAGUUCACAAGAAGCGAUUGCGUUUUGCCAACGGCGACUGUCUUCUGUUUAAUGAGUACGUCGUCGACGCAAUCGUGCUCAAUGCGAAGCGCGACCGCACAAAAAAGAUAUACCUGUAA